UCGGGUCGGAGAAAAACGCGUAACAGUUAAUCUGAAAGGCCAAAUACUGUGCAAUCCUAUAUAGUACACAGUCGAAUAAGAUCGGCGAUAAUCUAUGCCCGUUGACGCAAGGAAAGCACCUCAAGUUCAGUUUCUGCAGAUUUAGAUCAACGGAAUACCAUGUUAUCAAAAAAAGUUCUGUCUAGUUUCCAGAAAUCUUCGGUCGGAGCUUGUGUACUCUCGGGGACAAGGCGUGUAUCUACCGCACAUGUCCGUUGCGUCUCGGUGGCUGCAUUGAGCCAUUUCGCUGGCAACGAUAAUGCUUCACUGUCAAGUAAAUGCUCGUUAAUGAAUGUUGCUGCUGCUGCCGCUGCUGCGACCGCCACGAUUCUAACCUGGGCCGGUGCCACUUCGCUUUGUGACUCCAAUGCAAAGCCCAUGAGUACCGAAGAUUCACAUUUGACUCCUUCAGAAGUCGGCAAGGAAGACUUUGAGGAGUUCCAGGCAUCCCACGAUAUCAAUAGCAUGCCUGUCUACUCACUGGAAGAGAUAGCCGAAAAGAAUGGAGAAAACGGAAACCCCAUCUGGAUGUCGUACGGUGGUGUCGUUUACGAUGUUACUGAUUUCAUCCCUAACCAUCCCGGCGGAUCGGAAAAGAUUCUCACUGCAGCCGGGUCGGCAAUUGAGCCCUUCUGGUAUCUCUAUCGUCAACACUUUGCCUCAGAUCUCCCAAUGCGUCUAAUGGAGCAUAUGGCGAUUGGACGUCUGUCAGAGGAAGAUCAAGAAAGGAUAGAAGAACAGAUGGCGACAUUGGAAGAAACGGACCCAUACGCCAAAGAGCCAUACCGACACCGAGCUCUGCUGGUGCACUCAGAUACACCCAUGAACGCAGAAUGUCCCACGCGCUUCUUGACACAAAACUUUCUGACGCCUGCUUCUAUUUUUUAUAUCCGCCAUCACCACCCGGUCCCGUUUUUGUCUGAGAAGCAGGUGAAUGACUUUCGGCUGAAGGUCGAUUUGACAGCUUAUGGGAAAGGCGUCGUGCUAUAUAGCGUGGAUGAACUAAGAAAAAUGAAAAAAGUGGAAAUCACUGCCACACUGCAGUGCAGCGGAAAUCGCCGCAGUGGAUUCAAUCAGUUCCAGAGAACUUCUGGCACGCCAUGGGGCCAAGGAGCUAUAUCUACAGCCAAGUUCGGUGGAGUUCGCUUGACAGACUUAUUAAAGGCGUCCGGCCUGAAGGAUCCCAUUGAGGCCGAAGAAAAGUUGGGCCUUGAGCACGUGCGCUUCCACAGUUUAGAUGGUAUGUCGGCAUCAAUAGGAAUGGAGAAGGCAAUGAAUCCUUACGGCGAUUGUAUCGUUGCUUACGAAAUGAACGACGAACCGAUCCCUAGAGACCACGGUUUUCCACUCCGAAUUAUUGUUCCCGGCUAUGCUGCGGUUCGGAAUGUCAAGUGGUUAGAAAAAAUUGAGCUAGCCAAAACUGAAGCAGAAGGCCCUUGGCAACGUGGGCUCAACUACAAGACACUCCCUCCAAACAUGACAAAUGCAAAGAACGUUGACCUAAACAAAAUGCCCUCAAUGACGGAAGUAAGUUUAUUUUCUGGUAUUACACAAGUCGAAAAGCCAGAAAUGAAAGAAGGCAUGAAGGCUGGUGAUAAAAUCACUGUGAAGGCAACCGGUUGGGCGUGGGCAGGAGGAGGUCGCAACAUUGUUCGUGUGGACGUAACUGGAGACAACGGUGCAUCCUGGGCAACCGCAAUUCUAAAAGAAGGAUCCGAGCAGCGCUUUGGUCGCGCUUGGGCAUGGACAUUUUGGGAAUGCGACGUUCCGGCGAUCGUACAAGAAGAUGGCAAUGUGCAUUUAGCAUCUAAAGCGGUCGACCUGGCGUUUAACGCGCAGCCAGAAGACGCGAAUCAUACAUGGAAUGUCAGAGGACUCGGCAAUAAUAGUUGGUACCGCACCAAGAUCAGAAUAUUGGAAUAAAUGUUAAAAAGCGUCGCCAUUUAUAUUG